AUGGCGACAGGAAAGAUAUUGCUAGGAGAAGAUGUGUUCCUGGUCCUGAUCGUCAUAUUUUAUGCUAUAAAAUCUGAAAGUAACGUGGCUAUGAAUAAAGCAACAAAACAAAGUAGUGUCUUUGGGGACGGUAGAUAUAAAGCCAGUAGCGUUGUAGAUAAUUGUCUAACUGACUUCGAUGCUGGUUGUUGUACACAUACGAAGGAAGGUCACAACACAGUCUGGUGGCGUGUUGAUCUGGGAGACUUGAUGACCAUUAAUAGGAUCACAAUAUAUUACAGAGAUGGAUCUCAACACAGAUUGGCAGGAUAUCAGCUUUAUUUAUCCAAUACCACCAUCACACCAACAGAUGGUGUCCUCUGUUUUCAAGACACUAGUAGCACUAGAAGUGCGGUACAGCUGGUGGUGACACACCAGUGUCCGUAUGUAGGUCGGUAUGUGACCGUGUACAACCAUAGAAACCCAAAACGAUACAACUGGUAUAGUGAUGACGCUAUUCUGGAGUUAUGUGAGGUACAGGUGUUUGGAUGUCAAGUAGGGAGAUAUGGUGAUGGUGACUGUAACAAUGACUGUUCGGAAGCGUGUUAUGGUGGUAACUGUAAUUCCACAACAGGUGCCUGUUUCUAUUGCUUCGCAGGAAAAUAUGGCGUUGACUGUGACUCUGAUUGUCCUGAGAAUUGUAAAGGCGGACUUUGUACUAAGGAUACUGGCAUUUGUUUAGGUAAAUUCGGAUAGCCAUUGCGAACGAGUGUUUCGUUGUACUUCUUAGAUUAGCAUGCGAUAAUACCACCAUUUACUCAUGCCAUCACCAAAUACAGGUACCAUGCACUUUUGUCUAUGCCCCGGGUGAUUGUGGACCAGUCUACAAUGCACAACGCACUUAUUGUUCGAUCGGAAUGGCCACGUGAUCUAAAACUUGUACAGCAUUAACAUUGGUCGAAAGAUUUUCAAAACG